AUGAUAAAUGGGAGACAUUAUUCUCGUCGACGAAUUUUUAUAGUGAGUAGUUUUGAUAUGAAACUUAUGGAAAGCGAUACGCUGGCUUGGCGAGUUAAGUCAGUCCCAAGCUUUCCUAGAAGAAAAAUGAGGAAAAUAGGCAGGAAUUCUUUGAUUUCUGUAAAGGCACCUCACACACUGCUUAAAAAGCAAAGAAUAAUACGGAAAAUUCUAUUAUUUAACCAUGCAUAUUAUUUUGCUCUGGUUGAGUUAUUAAUUUAG